GGAGACUUUGCCCAGGCGUCACAGAACCUGUGGAUGGCGCUCAAGGCCCUCGGCCGCCCAUUGCCCACCUCCAACCUGGACUUGACCUGCAGCCUCUUGUGGAACCUGAUUCGACACGUCCUGCAGCGCCUUUGGGUGGGCCGGUGGCUGGCCGGACGUGCCGGGGGCUUCUUCCGCGACCGGGAGCUCAAGGCCGACGUGCGCAAGAGUGCCUGUGAUGCCGCUUUGGUCUACCACAAGCUGCACCAGCUGCACAUGACAGGGAAACACGUGGCCGGUCACUUGUCCGCCAUCAACAUGGCACUGAGCGCUGUGAAUUUGGCCGAAUGCGCCGGGAACACCAUCUCGGUGGCCACCUUGGCAGAGGUCUACGUGGCGGCCGCCUUGCGCGUCAAGGCCAGCCUCCAUCGCUGCUGCCAUUUCCUGGCG